GUAGAUAAUCUUUUGAAAACACUAACACUAAUCUCUAAACUUAUUCUCAAAUAAGCCAUAUACUAACCUUUCAAUGACCAACUGGUUCCUCCUCCUCUCCACACUCCACCCAGGAAUCAUGGCAUUCGUAGCUGCCAGCCACCGCCUCAGCGGCCUCAGGAGACACAGUGAAAUCGCAAAACGCGUCUCAGUUCCCUGCUUUUCCACCGCAGCUCAACCCAGUUCUUCGCCUGAGACGCCCCCGAAACCAGUUCCUGAUUCCCCUUCUCCCAUUUCCCUGUUAGUCUCACUUCUCCUGAAAACAGACCCACACGAUUGGACUUCCAAUCCGGAGCUCCAUGAGUUCCUGCGCAGUUCUCCUUCUCCCAACUCCGUUCUUCAAAUCUCCCGUCAAUUGGGAACGGCCGAGAAGGCGCAGCAGUUCUUCAACAUCUUCAGAGCCCAGACUUCACCUUCUCCCCAUCACUCAUUUUCCGUAUCCCUAGCGUUCCAAGCUAUUCUCGAGCACACAUCCCGGGAGUCUGGGAGCUCACCCGCUAAGCUUUACGAGCUUUUUUGCUCCGGAGCCGGAAUGUUCCAGGAGUCCCUACAUGUUUUUGACGAACUUUGCCCAGAAUCGAGGAACGAAAUUGUGGUGAAAACGCUUUUGGUUGCUUUGGUCAGAAGGGGGUGUAUUGAUUAUGCUCUGAAGGUGCUCGACGAAAUGCUCCAACCGGGUGUGCUUUUCCGGCCCAACCAGAACACCUUGGAAAUGCUGCUGUCUGAGAUUUGGAGGACGGAUGGGAGAGGCACAGAAGCUUCGAUUGGGGAGGAUGGAAUAUAUGAGCUUGUUUCAAGAUUUGGAGACCAUGGGCUGUUCCCGGGUGAUAUCUGGACAUGUAAAUUGGUGAACAGGUUUUGCUGGGGUCGUAGAUGUUACCAAGCUUGGGACUUUCUUCACAAUAUGAUCAGGUCCGGCGCUUUGGUGAGUACCCGUGCUUGCAAUGUCGUUCUGACAGGGCUUGGCAAGAAGCAUGAUUUUCAGAAAAUGAACAUGCUUACAAGGGAGAUGAAGGAAAAAGGGAUUGCACCGAAUGUGGCAACAUUUGGGAUUCUGAUCAACCAUUUGUGUAAGCUCCGUAGGGUCGAUGAGGCAUUGCAGAUUUUUGAAGAGAUGAAGGGUGGGAAUGAAGGCAUUCCUUGUGUUCACCCUGAUACAGUCAUCUACAACACUCUGAUUGAUGGGCUGUGCAAAGUUGGGAGGACAGAAGAAGGAGUGGCAUUGAUGGAAAAGAUGAGCUCGGAGGAGAAUGGGUGUGCCCCUAAUGCUGUUACCUAUAACAGUCUGAUCAAUGGGUUUUGCAAAGUCAGAGAGAUUGAGACUUCUGUCAAUCUCUUCCUCCAAAUGACAAAAAAUGGAAUAGUACCAAGCAUGAUUAGCUAUAAUACUCUGCUUGAUGGCAUGUGCAAGCACGGAAGGGUUGGUAGCGCAAUGGAUUUCUUCAACGAAAUGAAGGAGAAAGGUGUUAAGGGGAAUGCGGUUAGUUACACCAUACUCAUUACGGCUUUCUCCAGUGUCAAAAAUAUUGAGAAGGCAAUGCAAUUAUUUACCGAAAUGACAGAAAGCAGAUGUCAUGCUGAUGCAGUCGUAUACUACAGCCUGAUAUCCGGGCUAAGCCAGGCUGGAAGAAUGGACGAUGCUUGCCUUGUUUUGUCAAAGAUGAAAGAUGCGAAUUUUUCGUUAGACAUAACCGGUUACAACAUUCUCAUUGCUGGGUUUUGCAGGAGGGACAACUGGGAAAAGGUUCAAGAGUUGCUUCAAGAAUUAGAGCAAAAUGGAAUCAAGCCUGACUGUGUCACAUUCAAUACACUGAUAUCAUUCUUUUGUAAGAAAGGGGACCUCCCGAAAGCCCAAAGAUUGAUGAAGAAGAUGAAAGAGGAUGGCAUGGUACCCACAGUCGUCACUUAUGGAGCAGUGAUUCACGCGUAUUGCGCGGGGGGUAAAAUGGACGAAGCCAUGAAACUGUUUGAGACCAUGUGGUUGAGCUCCAAAGUGUUGCCCAAUACAGUGAUAUACAACAUAUUGAUAGAGUCACUAUGCAAGAGUGACAAAGUUGAAGAUGCUCUCUCUUUGAUGAAUGAUGAUAUGAAGGCCAAGGGUGUCAUGCCUAAUACGACCACGUAUAACUCAAUCUUCAAAGCUCUCCGAGAGAGAAACUGGUUCGAAAUGGCCUUCGAACUAAUGGACCAAAUGUCUGCAAGCCUCUGCGACCCUGAUUAUGUUACCGUGGAAAUUCUCACCGAAUGGCUCUCUGCCAUUGGCCAAACUGACAAGUUGCGAGCUUUUGUCGAAGGAUAUCAGGUUUCAAACUCUGGUGUGUGAUGGGCUAACAGAUAUUUCAAUAUAAGACUUGAUUCUAAACCAAGAUUACACCUUUAUUUUAAGCUUAACAAUUAUUCGGUAGGUAUAUUGAUGGGAUUGUUUCUUUCAAUUGGAAAGAGGUUAGCAGUGUGUACAAAUCACUAUGCUCCAUGUUUGUAUGUGUGCACAGAUAACGUUACGUUGAAUAAAACAUGGAGCAUCUA